AGAGAGAACGCGAGCGUAAACAACUCCCCAUCUCACGAGAGCGAGAGUAAAGAGAGAGGCCGAGAGACGCCCCGCGAGACCACAGACAGAUAAGGAGGGCAGGGGAGGCAGACAUCCCUGCGACGCGAUUGUUUUUUGGAAGCGAAUAGAGCGCAGGGAGGCAGGGACGAGAGUGGGAAAAGGAGCUAGUGAAGAAGCAGGGUAAAUGGCCUUGUUUGGUGACGAGGAUGGUGAUGUGGGCCCGUUCGUCAUGGCGGAGGUGGAGGGAGGCGACGAGUGGUUUCCCUUUUCGCUGGACAACCUGGAGAUGGACCGCGCGUGCAACGCCUCGUUGCAAGAUGACUCGAGACCUAUGGACCAGGAUGGCGACGGAGAGACCGACCAAGACGACGACGUCGACGCCGGAAACCCUUCCGCGGAGGCGUCCGGUCCAGGACCACCGCCGCCGGCCCCGAACCCUGACGGUGGCGGCGGCGGCGGCGGCGGGAACAGCUGGAACGAGGACAGGUACCAGCAGCAGGACGGCGGUACCAGCAACGGCAGCAGUGGGGGGGGGGUAGCGGACUCGAGCGCGAAGGUCCAGCAGGGGCGCGGCGGCGCGCGGAAGGGGGUCGUGCUCUCGGAGCCCAAGAUGAGGUUGGACAAGGUCAAGCCGGAGGCGAAAGAGGUGGGGGCCGUCGUAGGAGAUACCUGUGUACAAGUAUGGAUGGAAGUUCACGCCUCCCACGACCGAAAAAGGCAUACCUCGGAAGCAGCGGCGCCGGCGAAGCGCUCCUCCCGGGGCGAAAAAAGCGGCGGCGGUAGCAGCAGCAAGAGCAGGCAGAAGCACCACCACCCCGCCGGCGGCAUGGCCGGCGGCGUCGGGGGCAUGACGGGGAGGGCGGAGGGGCAGGCCGGCUGGACUGCGUCGUCCGACACAAAGCAUAGCACCCGGACAGGCGGGGACGGGGGCGAUGGGGGCACGACAACGAAGGCGUCGAAAACGAGCUCGAUUUCGGGCGGUAACGGCGGAUCGAUGACCAAGGCACCCACGGUGCAAAACAAGAGGCGGUUGGAGCGGAACGCGCGAGAGCAGAAGCGGUCUCUAAAGAUCAGCCAGCGCAUCGAGGACCUGCGGCGGAUGCUGAGCCAGUUCGGGGUGGACGUUAAGGCAAGCAAGUCCGCCGUCCUCUCCGAAGCGACGGACUACAUCGCGCACCUGCAGCGUCAGCAUGCGCAGUCGGAAGCGGAGCGUGCGAGAAUCCUCCAGCUCUUGCACAACUCGAGAGCAGCGUCACCAUCAUCGGCGGCAGCGGCGGCGGCCGGCCGAACAGUGAAGCCGCCGCCUUCGGGCGUCCCCGCCCCGGCUCUUCCCACGCAGCACGGCGCUGGCGAUCGCGGCGCUGGCGUUGGGGUUGUCGUCGAAAGGCCGUCGUCACACACGAUGUUGGACACGCUGCUGUCACUCGACGACGACGGCGACAUGGGAAGACCAACGUCAGCCAUGACGGCGGCGAGAGCGAUGGUGUUUCCUCCGCCGACCCCGCCGCAGCAGGGCGAGGAGCAGAUCGUGCCCGGGUUCCCGAACUUGUCGGCGGCUGCGAGAAGCGGCGUCGACGGGAUGCCCGUGGCCCCGUCGGCAGCGGCGGCGGCGGGGACGGUGGCUGCCGGCAGGGCGCUAGUGGCAAUGGGCGGCGCGGCCGGUGGCACGGAGUCGGCCAUGGGGGCGGCCAACCUUGCGGCCACCGCGCGCGCACUGUCGCACGUGAACUACGAGAGGGUGUUCCGGACGCUGCCGAUGCCGAUGGCCAUUGCCAACGUGAACGGCAACCUCGUGGACUGCAACACCCGGCUCACCCAGGUCACGGGUUUCAGGAAGGAGGAGGCGUUGUUCAUGACGAUAUUCGAUCUCGUGGCGGACCCGUUCCUCCAGCACACUUUCAGCAUGAUCAGUUCGAUCCUCAGCAUGCGCGGAGUCAACGGCAACCCCCCGUUCUUCCAGGUGCCGGGCAAGAUCUUCAACGGCAACCCGGGGGGGGGGGGGGUUCAGAUCUCCGCCGUUCUCGAUGACCAGCUCAGACCAAUGCACUUCUGCAUCUGCAUCCUAGACUCCCCCGCCACCGGCGGCGUCUCCGCCCCCGCUUCUGCAGUAGCAGCAGCAGCUGCUGUUGCUGGCACUGCUGCCGGUGGUACGGCCGGGGUAGGCAGCGGCGGCAGCGGUAGCGGCGGCAGCGGNCCGGGGGGGGGGGUGGUUCAGAUCUCCGCCGUUCUCGAUGACCAGCUCAGACCAAUGCACUUCUGCAUCUGCAUCCUAGACUCCCCCGCCACCGGCGGCGUCUCCGCCCCCGCUUCUGCAGUAGCAGCAGCAGCUGCUGUUGCUGGCACUGCUGCCGGUGGUACGGCCGGGGUAGGCAGCGGCGGCAGCGGUAGCGGCGGCAGCGGUAGCGGCGGCGACGGUAGCGGCAGCUGCAUUCGUGUUAGAGCUAAUGUCGGCUGACCGAACAGUCAGACCGUCGUCUCUUGUGUGUGUUGGGCUGUUCCUUCGUGAGGUAGGCAAUGUGACAUCAGAUCGAUCGAUGUGAACGGAGGAGACAGACAUCUGGGACGCGCGGUUUGUAGGGUCGAUUGGAUCCAUUCAUUUUCUCAUGGAUUUGGCGUUGUUUUAUUUUUUCAACGAGGGUGCUGGGAGUACGCCGGCACGCCGGGAACGAUGAUGGGAAGGCGGGUUCUGCAUGUUCCUUCGUUGACGAUGCGGGAAGGUGGAGUAUUUUUUUGUUGGCUUUUGUGAGGGGCAAGGGGAGGAGUGAUGGAUGCGUUGCCCAACGAGGAGAACUUGCCUUGGGCUUGCCUGGGGUUCGGCCCAAGUGGGUGUGUCGUUGGCAGUCGUCGUUCUCCUCUUGGUCAAAUGUGGCCCUGUUAUUGCAGACCUUAGAGGUGCUGUUGUCGUGGGCAAGAAAAAUAGAUAUGUCUGUGUGCGCGCGAGAGUUCUCCUCGAGCGUACGCUCGCCCACCGUUGUUUUUUCCGAUAUACACGUCUCGUUUCUUUCGCCUCCGGGCGACUUUCUUUGUAGAAUCGAACCGAGAAGGAAAGGUUCGACGGCACUUUUUUUUUUUCCAAGCAUAUAUAUACACAUCAAAAGUACGCUGCCGCGGGGGGCUAAGACUGCUGCGCCCUUCUUUUUUUUUGUCCCUUGGAACCGUCGGAGAGAGCGGGCAUGUGGUGUGGGUACUGCCUUGGUAGCUGAGUGCUUUUUACGACGUGCUCAGGAUGCAUUCGUUUGUUUAUUUGCCCCCCGAAACAACAGGUCGAAGGUUGUGUUCGUCUUGGAUUAUGACUGGAGACGGGUGGAAAUUACUGACUAGACUCUUGCUUUUUACUGUUGUCUGCCGGGGUGUGUACAAUUUUUUCUUAGAGGAGAGGUCACAUCGCUUUAGAUGUUAAUACGCGAUGCACGUCGGCUGUGUGGGUGCAGUGCUCGUUCCGAGUGAACGAGAAAGAAUACAGCACGAACGAUUGCCGUCGUUUUUUUGUGUGAACGGGCGCACGCGGUGCCAAGUAAAGAGACAACAAGAAGAUACGACGAAUUUUGUCCUCACGUCUGCUUCUACGGUUGCCUAGACGUGGGGGAACGGUUAGCCUGUUGGCAUAUCCCACCUGCUGAGGGUGUGGCGUUUUUGUUGCAGACUUUUUUGCUUUUUUUUUUGCUCGUGUCCAGUCUCUCUUGUUGUAGGCCUGGUGUAGCUGCAUCGGUGCUGGCUGAGCGUGUAGACGAGGGUGUGACUAUUAUAGACUUAUAGCAGUGGAACGAAGCUUUUGGAUAAAACGGAUUCACGCAUGCAUGCAUGGUAGUGCUUUGGAUAUCUGUGGCUCCGUCAAUGUAGAUACGUACGGGAGGAGUUGGUACACGGCAGUAGAUCGCAGCAGUAUAGCAGUUCCAAGGUAGGUUGGCGUGCGAAAGCUGAAGAUGAGGAACGUCUGGCUCUACCAGCGACGAACGACUAGCGCGUAAUCGCUAGUUGUUUCGGGCGCGCCAAGAAUAAUUACCUCGCUUGAUUUCCUUUGCUUUCGUCCCCCCACCCGGUUUUCUUUGUUUUUUGUGUGUUCUGGAAGAGAAUUCGGCAGUGAAGAACGACCCGGCGCCCCAACCUGCCUGGAGACAACGGGACUUGUCAGGGGCCACCGUAGAUGUUUUGAGCGGGAGGGAUGGCUUGAAGGUCUUGCAUAGAAUAGCUGUGUGAAACGGCCCCAAGGCCACCGGCUGGUGUGGUAAAAUAGGCGCCUCACACAAAUCUCUCAACGCCUACGAUUAGAGGUGAUGAGUGAGUGCUGAACAUGAAAAGAUGCACAUUCCCGAGGUGGUGGUGGUACCAGAGGUGACCACAGCCAGACGCCCGGGGUGGGGCGAAGGAAGUGUUUUAUACGAAUCUUGUUCCGCUUUGCACGGUCAGUGCAGAAAACCAGUGUCCCUGCCUGCGUUGUGUUCCCCCGAACUAUUGAAUGCAUUGUGCUCCUCUUUUCUCCGUUCGUG